AAGAAUAAAAUACUCUGAUGUCUGUACAUGAUUUCGCAUACCGAUUUCAUCAUCAUAUCUCUGCAAUUAUAAUCAUAUAUAUAUAUAUCUAAUUUUUGUUUCCCUAGUGCGCAAAAUAAUUUUUAAAUUGCAUUUUUUUGGUUGCAAAAAAAAGAAUAUAAUAACAUUUUUUUUUUCAAAGUUCUCGAAACAGUAUUUCCGGUAAAAUAAGAUUUAUGAACGUCGACGAAAUAACUCGCGCCAGUUUGUUCCUAUUCAUCAUCGACUACUAUUGUGUGUGUGUGUCUGUCUGUGUUACUCUCUUUCACUCACUUCAUUUCUUUUUCUCUCUCUCUCUCUCUCUCUUUCUCUCUCACAGUUGAGGGAGAAAAAAAAAACUACUCUGUGCGCGUAACAAUAAGAAUCAUACAAUCAAGAUUUCUUAUAACUAUUGAAACAAUAAAAAUUACACGAAUUUCAUUUGUGACAAAAAAAAAUGACCAACUGCAACUACAAAAAGUCGUUACAAUCGAGCACGUUUAGUGUCACAUAAUGGAUUAUUUUCUUCAAGUAUAUUUUUUUUUUUUUCGUAAAAAUUUUCACAAUUAACAGAUUGGAAUUUAAAAAUACUGCCUUGAUCAGGAGAUGACACGGGGAACCUUCCACGUUAUACAUACUUCCAUUAACCUUUAUCGAGCUUAGUUGAAUUUAUCUGCCCUAGCUUGGCAAAAUGGACUACGCCUUUUUACGACAAGUUCUAGUUGGACUUGUGUGCAACCUUCUCAUAAUGGACAGUGGUUUUCACGAAGGUUGGAGUACACCUCUAUUACCAAAAUUAAAAGAAGAUAAAUCAUUAUCAAUCGAAGAUCAUGAAACUGGAUGGAUUAUUAAUUUUCUCUAUUUGGGUGUUGGUCUUGGUUCAUUGUUACCAUUUCUUUUAAUGGACACAAUAGGCAGAAAGGGAACACUAUUGGCUGCAUCAAUACCAAAAGUUUGUAGUUGGAUACUUUUGGGUUUAGCGACAAAUGUCACGACAAUUUAUAUUGGACGAAUGUUAGCUGGUAUUGGUUGUGGUGUAACUUAUUCAGUGGCACCAAUUUAUUUAGGUGAAAUCACCAGUAAACAAACAAGAGGACUAUUAAGUACUCUAAUGGCAGUUUUAAUAAAUAUUGGAAUGCUCAUUAUUUAUGCAUUAGGUCUUAAUUUCUCACGAUUCACAUCGUCAAUGAUUGCUAUUUCAGUGCCAAUAAUAUUUCUUCUAUGUUUUAUUUGGCUACCAGAGACAGCUGUUUAUUUAACGCGUAAAAAUCGUCUCACAAGUGCUGAAAGAACACUUCAAUGGGCAUUGAAUCGUAAAAAUGUUGAUGAAGAAUUAGAGGAAAUUAAAAGAAUUGUUUCAAGUGAAAGUGAUGGUAAUAAUAGUUUUCUUGAAUCACUUAAAGAUGUUUAUAGAAAAAAUGAAUGUCGACGUGCAUUUGGAAUUGUGAUUAUUCUUUUGAGUGCAUUAACAUUAAGUGGUGCUGCACCAAUUUUAGCUUAUCAAUCAGAGACAUUUAGUAAAGCUGGUUAUGAAUUUUCGGUGGAUAUUAUUAUUGUUAUUUCUGGUUGUACUUUAGUGGCAGCUGGUUGUAUUUGUGUGGCAACUGUUAAAAUUGCUGGUAAAAGAUUAUUACUAUUAAUAUCGGCACCAAUUGCAGCAAUAUCAUUGGCAACGGUAGCAAUUUUUUUUACAUUAGAAAUAAAGGGAUUCGAUGUUUCUCAUAUUAAAUGGAUACCAAUUGUUGGUGUUGUGGUUUAUGUUAUAUCUUAUGGACUUGCAUUAAAUCCGAUACCCAUCGCUUAUAUUGGAGAAAUAUUUCCUAAUGAUGUCAAAGUUCCUGCUGCUAUUUUCUGUGCAUUAUACUACGCGGCUGCCUCGGUUAUUGUAGUUGAAUUUUAUCAGAUAAUAGAGAAGUCAUACGGAACGUACUUGGCCUUCUGGAGUUUUUCUGUGAUAACUUUGCUGGUGACGUACCUCAUUUACUUGUACGUACCUGAAACUGAAGGGAAGAGCUUGGAAGAAAUUCAAACAGAGUUAAAAGGAAAGAAGCAGGCUACUUGCUGGGAAAUAACUGAUUUAAAAGUCCGCUCAUGAGUUAUUACUUUCUGUGCGCUCUCGGUGAAAAAUUUUUCCUCCCAAGGCAAAAGAGAGAAGAUACUCUUUAAUUAUACGUGAAAAUCGAACUUGACUUGGUAGAAGAUGAAGAAAAAAAAAAAGAAUAAUUAAAAGUCAACUACGAUGACACUUAGAUCGAGUGACAUCUAAUUAUCAACUUUAUCAAAUGAGGUCACUUCAAGUCAAUGACGAUGAUGAUGAUGAUAAUGAUGGAUUAAUUAAAAUAAUGAAAAUUUUCGAGAAAUCUUAAUUUUACUUUUCACACAUUUUUUUUUUUACAUAUUUAUCUUCUUUUAAUUUAAUUUUAUUAUAAUAUAUUUUCUAAAUUAAUUAUUGUAAAAAAAAGUAUGCUUUGUACAAAAACUCUUUACAUUAAUCUAUAUAAAUAGUAGCAUAACAAUAGUAUAUGUAAUAACGUUAUCGCAAAGUUAUUUCGAUAAAUACCAUUUUGAUAUUAUUAUUUCGUUUCAGAAUUAAUUUCAAAAGCCGAAUAUAUAUGUUAACGAUAGAAAUAUUUAAAUCUCUCAAUUCUUGCGUAUCAUGUGCUUUUAAUUAUGACGAGGCAGAUUGUGUUAAAAUUUCAUUUAUAACAACUACAUCAUAAAUUAAUUAUUUAAUAUACGCUCGAAAGAUAUAUUGAAUUUAAACAAUAUAUUUAUUCAAUUAACAUAAUUAAAAUAUAUAUAUUUUUCUACUGUAUUAUUAUUUUGUUAUAUUAU